AUGAAAACGUCAAGUGGAGUGACAAAUAUUAUGAAGCAGGGGGAGUUUAAUUUGAAUGGAUUUUCCCAAAUAGUUAAACGGAAUCUUUAUAUUGUUAGAAAUGGAAACAUAUCAAAAGUGAUAAAUAACAUAUUACCUAGCAAGAAAGGGAAUUACAAUCUCUUUAAAAAAAAUAUUACAACCAUUCCAGGGGUUAUGGUGCAUACCAGAAACUUUCGAACAAUAAAAAACAAAAGUUCAAAAUUAAAAAAAAACAUAUUUAUAAGUAAAAAAAAUAAUAAAUUGCCAUUUUCAAUAUAUAGAAAUUAUGGCAAUAAUAAUGAAAGAAUAGAUAAUUUGGUUGGAUUAAUAAAUAAAUAUGAGCGUGAAUUAAAUUUUUUUAAGUAUACAUUUAUUUUUAACGGGAUAUUAGUAGCAUUUAUGUUGGGAUUGAUUAUAUAUUUACUUAAUAGUGAUUGUAUAAAUAGUUAUAUAGUAAAUGAAAUUGACAAAGUUGUGAAUGAAAUAAAAAAUUCCAAAAAAAUUCAAAAUAACAUAAAAGAGGUGAUUGAAAAUAUAUUAUAUUCAAUAGCAAAUGAAGAAGAGAAUAAAAAAAUAACUUCUGAAUUUUUUGUAGAUGUAUUAUCACGUUCAAAAGGACCGAUGAAUGAUAUAUUUAUUAAAAUGUUUAAAGAAAAAGAAGUACAGGAUGUAUUAAAAAAUACAACUAUAGAGUUAAGUACUUAUAUGUCUAAUAAUUAUGAAAUUCAAAAGAAUGUUUAUGAAUUAUUGACAAGAUCUAUGCAUCAUCCUGAAGCUAUAAGAAUUUCAACAAACUGGUUAAAUAAUAUAUUUAAAUCAGAUAGUGUAACACAACAUGUUCGUAAUGUUAUAUAUAAAGAGAUAUUUAAAAAUAAUGAGAUGAAAGAGCAUUCUAUUAAUUAUAUGCAUGAUAUACUUUUAAAUACAUUAGAAAGUGCAAAUUCAAAAGAAAUAGUUAGAUUAUUUUUAUUAUCAAUAUUAUCAAACCCUGAUUUUCAAAAUGAAUUAUCAGGAAGUUUAUGGAAGAUUUUAAAAUUAGCGGUUUCUCCUAAAUGGAUGUAUUAUGACGAUAUAAAAGUUGGAUUAUUAAAUGUCAAGGAAAAUCCAAACAUGUUCAGAAACAAAGAACAAGGCAGUCUACAUAUUGAAACUACUAACUGUGAAGAAAACAAAUUUAAUAAUAAUAAUAUUUCAAACUUUAAGACAAAAAAUAAUGUCAUAAACAAGUCUGAUAAUAAGAUGGAAAGCGUAGUACCCGAUUUAAAUAAAGUUGAUAAUGCAACUAAUUCCUUAUCAAAUAACAUACCUAAUGAUGGGGCUUUGAAAGAUGGAAUGAAAAAUGUUUUACAAUCAUAUGAACAAUUAGAUAAAGAACCCGAUAUAAUACAUGGAAAACCAAACAAAGUAGAUGCAAAAAUGAAUCAAAUUGAAAAUAAAUAUAAUGAAGAUGAUAGUUUAUAUUUUAAUGAGAAGACACCAUAUUUAUUUUCAUCGGAAAUUAGUCAAGUAUAUCCAAAUAGUUUACUUUAUAUAAUGCCUAGAUAUAAAGUAUACAAUUUUAAUGAGUUGAUUGAAAGUUUUGCAUUUUUUCAAUAUAUGAAAAUAUUUAAAACAGAUAAUAAUUUGAAUUUAUUUAAAAAAUAUUCUGAACAAAAUAAUAGAAACAUAAUUAAUGAUACAUCGGAAACAAAAUUAAAUCGAUACACUUUUAGAGAACUAGCUAAUUUAUUUAUCGUAGAUACAUUAUUAUUUUACUCUCACAAAUAUUAUUUUUACUAUUAUUAUGUAGAGAAAUUCAAAAGUUAUUUCAUAAACUUCAGAAAAAGUUUUAUCCCAAAAUAG